AUGGAUGCCCCGGUCGGACGGCUAAAUCUUGAAGAAGCCCAUCAUGGCGGCCGAUUCGGGGUUACCGAUCAUCUCAACCUUGUAUCCGAUGAAUGUGAACUUGGAUUUCUUUUAACUCGACUGGUUGAACGUAUGCCUACCACCCGAGGUCUAAACUACACACUUUCCUUUUUAUCACAACCGUCGACCACCCAUCCUGCCCUCCGCGAGUCCGUUGAAGUUGAUGGUUCCUCUUCUAGUCUGGGUAUCUCAGAAAACACACGCGGAGUUGAUGACGAAGCUCACUGUAUUUCCUUAUUGGAGAAAGUUACAGCAGAACGGGACCAACUAAAAGCAACACUCCGAGAACGGUAG